ACACCGGUUCCUCUGCUCUGUCUCUCCUCCCUGUUUCUCACGUCUAUACUACACGACUCCCAGACAACCAACAGUCAGUCGUUACAGCGAGGCACAGGAAACAGCGACAGGAAGCUUUAGCGUCGUUAAAACUUUCAUUUCGACCGAACUACAGCGUCAUUAUCCUACAUCAUAUAUCAAAAAUACCUGAGGCUUUUUACGUGCGUUUAUUUGACGCGAGUUAUGGAGCAGCUGUUACAGAUGUUUGAUCAAACUUAAUUGAAAAGGAAAUCACACUCUGUGCCGGUUCCCUGUGUCGACGGGUUUUAUUGUUUGUUUGUUUGUUUUGUUUUUACUGAAUAUGAGGUUUGUGUAAGGACGAAUUUGAAGCAUCUUUAAUACAGAUAUUUUAUCGACUCGGCUGAAAUGCACAGUUUCUGACAGAUAAACAGAAAUGGGAAAUCCUCUAACAGUCUUCCUGGGCUCAGGGUAAGAGCGACUCAAUGAUGAUCCCAAACAGUGCAUGUGAAAAUGUCACGCACAUCGAAGUGCAAAAGAACCCUGCGAACCUGGUGGUCAGUGCCAUCAUGUUUCUUGCUGGUGUGGUGGGCAAUCUGCUAGCUCUGGCCAUUCUCGGGGUCCACCAAAAAGAACGACGGACCAAAUCCAAUGUCUUCUGCAUCCUAGUAACAGGACUUGCUGUGACAGAUCUAGCAGGGACGUGCUUGCUCAGUCCACCAGUGUUUGUGUGCUAUGCUCAUGCUACCUCCCUGGUGGGCUUAACUGGCGACAUGCAUCUCUGUGGCUCCUUUGCCUUCGCCCUGACCUUCUUUGGUCUGGCAUCCAUGCUGAUCCUGUGUGCCAUGGCAGUGGAGCGCUGCCUGGCCAUCAGCCACCCAUAUUUCUACUCCAAGCACGUACGGCGCCACUUCGCCAAAGUUGCGCUAAUCCUUAUCUACCUUUUUACAGGUGCUUUCUGCCUGCUGCCCAUCUUUGGCAUUGGCCGCUACAAGCAGUACUGCCCUGGCACAUGGUGCUUUAUUAAAAUGGAGGCUGGGAAUGAGGAUAAGGAAGAGGGGAGGCGCACACUCGCCUUCUCCCUCUCUUAUUCUCUCUUAAUGGCCUUGCUCAUUGCUGUUGUCUUUGUCUGUAAUGGCUCAGUCAUCGUCAGUCUGUGCCGAAUGCACCGAAGCCAGAUCACACGCCGAGGUUCUGUGGUCUCGACAGGGCGCAAGAAAAGGCUUAGCACCUGGUUUGGCCAGGGUGAGGAGGAGAUGGACCACCUGGUGCUGCUGGCCUCCAUGACUAUCAUCUUUGUCAUCUGCUCCUUGCCUCUCACUAUAUUUGGCUUCGUCAAUGCCAUCAGCCAAGGAUCAGGCAACGACGAAAGGAACCUCCUGGCGUUCCGUUUCUCUGCCCUCAACCCCGUGGUAGACCCCUGGGUCUUCAUCAUCUUCCGCAAGUCCAUCUUCCAGCAUGUGCGUGCACUCUUAUAUUGCCGAUUCAGCAAGGCGGCAGUGAAGAACACAGCCCAAGAUGGCCUCUCGCAUCGCUUAGAGAGCAUGGUGCCUGCAGAGUCCAGUGCUCUCCAGAGCAAAAUUUUCAGUGACAUCCCUCAGUGAAAGCCAGCAGCAAACCAAGGGUCAAGGGACAUGUUGAAAUCUGGAGACAUUUCAUGCAUUUGUUAAUAUUCAGUAACCACUUUAUCUUGGUCAGUGUUGCAGUGGAUUCAGAACUUAUUUCAGAAACACCGGGCAUGAUGCAGGAAUACACACUGGAUUGGAUUCCAGUCUUUACAUCAUAUUUAUACACAUUCACGCAUGCAUUCACACCUACGGGCAAAUUUGUGUCCCUAAUCCAUCUACUGGCAUGUUUUUGGUAGAUGGGGGAAAACCAGAGACCUGGUGGAAAGCCUGCAUGGACUUGGGGAGAACAUUCAAUUACUAGAGCUUAGUAAUGAACCGGGAAAGCUGGACACAGUGAGGUGGCAAUGUUACCCAAAACCCCACCUUGCAACCCCAAUAGGAGACUUCAAAAAAGAAAAAAAACUUUAAAGACUACACAUAUUCAGAAACUACUGUCAGAAGCAUCAGUUCUAUACAGAAUGAUGGACUAUACUGUAUGUACAAUAGAAAAUGAAUGUGCGCGUGUGUGUGUGUGUGUGUGUGUGCGUGUGUGUGUAGGAAUAAGGCCUUCUUAAGGCAUGUGUGUACAGUCCUCAAUAUGUGAAGCACAAACCAUGUUCGAACUAAAUAUUACUUCAGAACUAUUGUUGUCUACAAUAGCCAUCAAUUCUAUUCAGAAAGACAGUAGUGUAUCAUUAAUAAAUACGCAAGGUAUAUCACAAAAACAUUGAGUAUCACCCACUGGCCAUUUUAUUAGUGACACCUAUACCCCAGCACAUUCACACAAUUAUCUAGUCAGCCAGUCAUGUGGUGGCAGCACGAUGCAUAAAAUCAUUUACUCUAUAUACAGGUCAAGAGCUUCAUGGAAUGUGCACAUAAAACAUAAAUGCCUAAAUGUAGUUCUGUAUAUUUGCACUCCGCCUUCAGAGUGAAGGUAUGUGCUAUUUACGCAUUGUCUCAGAUCAUUUCAAGGCUACUAUCACAGCACAUCCAUUAAACACAUGGACCAGGUGAUACAUAUCAUAUGAGUUUUCUAGGAUCUAAACUAAACUCUGAAUUAAGCUAGAAACCGAGUGAAGUGUUGAAAAUAUUGCUUUUUUCUGCAUGCACUCUCUUUUGAUAGGCAUCGUUUUUGCAACAGAAAAUCACAUUGCAUCUAAAUAUAAGAACUUGUUAAGCCUAGUUCACACUGUACCAACAGACAGGUUUGUCAGGUUUUGUCAGAUCAGUGUGUUAACUUUUUGUUGGCGGCUGUUGACGUUGGUCGGCAUUUGUUUUGCCGACUAGUGUCAGCAAGCAGUGUUGUAUGAACUCUAAUGUGAUCUGACCGAGCACAAACCACUGCUCUAACGAUCAGGCAAGUGUCCUUGAAAACUCUAUAGAAACGACAGCCCAUGUGCUAGGUGCUAGGUGUGUUAAAUUGUUGUUGUGGGUAAAAAGGCAGAUUUCGGCAUGAAUAAAAAAAAGAGGAUAAAUUAUAUAUCGAUGUGUUAUAUAAAUAAAAUUGUUCAUUUUGUUCAUUCGUUUCACUCUUCGUCUUUUCAGGUGAAGAAUGACACAUAAAGACACUAGUGAUAGUACAGUUUUGAUUUUGGUAAAAGGAUAAUCCAAUUUUAAACCCGUCUGUCUAUUAAAAAUAAGUUUGUUGGUAUCUGUUGGGGCAGUGUGAACAUGGCAGUUUUGUUUACCGACAUUUUUAUCCAACGGUCCACUUUUAAAUGCUGGUGAUUGACGGUGUCUGUCGGCAUCAGUUGGUGCAGUGUAAACUAGGCUUUAGAGUUACGAGGUUCCAUCUUACUAUUCUUUGUUUUUCUUUUCAUAUUGAGCUUCAAAAACUUGACUCUCUGUAGUUCAGACACAUAACUCUCUCUCUCUCUUUUUUCCCUACUUUUAAACAGUAUUGUGAAAAGUUCACACAUCCAUGUAUAUUCUGGAUCUUAUAAACAUAAAUUCACUUUAAUCAAACAUGGCAAAAGCUUAGAAUUUCAAAGUCACAAUUGUGUAAGUUCAUUCAUUGAAACCAAAUGUCUAAAGUUUUUCAGUGGUCAUUUUUUAUUCACGUUUCUCAACACAGACAAAAAUUUGCACUUGUUACUUGGUCUCUGUGGUUUGUUGUUUGUAAUGUGACAAAGGAAAGAUUUUAAUACAACAUGUGGUAAUAAUCAUUUAUGUUGUAAAAAUCUUCAAAAUCAUUUUUGUGGUGUCUGAAACAUCUCGGCUCUUGCGUGACCUUCUCUUUUAGCUCAUGUCACAAUUAUAAUUCAUACUCAGCCUAAAUCAAAGUGCUGUACAGAUGCUUUUAGAACUGUCCUGGACCCAAUGUAAACGCUUAAUGGGAAUCAGAAAUACAAUGCAUGCUGCAAGCAGGAGAUAAUUUUACCUUCCAUAUUUGGGUGUUGGAACAUUUUGUCUAUCAAGGAAAUGUCCUGGUGUUUUUGUAUACCGAGCAUUUGAGGAAGUGGUAGGCAUUAAUAUCAGCAGUGGAAAAUGUGAGGUUGGUCUCCCCAAACUUUCGAAACAGACAUAUCCUCUAGAGUAGAUGCGGUAGAGGUUUUGUAGAUAAGUUCGCAGUUCAACUUUCAUUGUUUUAACAAAAUAUACCAACUACUUGCUAUUACACAUCAUACAGUAUGCAAACCAGUUAUCUAUGAAAUAUACCAGAGAUGUGCUUAUUUUUUUGGUGUUUGAAAAGGAAUAUCCUCAGUGGUGUAUAUAGCAGUGAAGUCUUUGUAUGUACAGUACAUGCCACAUCUGGUUUGUGCGAGUUUUGUGUGCAGCAUAUUAAGCUUUUCCCAUUCUGACUUGCACUCAACUCUUUUUUUUUUUCAUUCAGUGUUACAAAAGAGAGAUUUUGCUUGCCAAAUCAUGGUGAGUUGAAAAAAUAAUAAACACUUCUAAAGAAUA